AUGGUUGCAUUAGCAUAUUGUUGUAUGCCAAGAGUUGCCCGGUGUUUGGGCCGUAAAAGGUUUUCUGUUGAAAUGGGAAGGUUAGUGUUUGGGUUGACAAGAGGGGUGGGCUUCUGUUUUUGUGAGAUAACCGACAUGUCACUGACGUUGUCCACCGUUAUUGAUAUUGUGCUUCUUGAGAUCACCAUCAGUUGUGGUGUUUGCAUGGAGGCGCUUUGUGUCAUUAUGGCGGCGGAGGAUGUUGGUCCUUUGGCGGUCGGCCCCUAUAAUUCGUUUGUUGGAGCAGUGGUAAUUGUUAAGCUACCUUGUUGUGAUGUUUAA